AUGAUUUCGCCGUGGGACCGUUGGUACUCGACGAGUUGCUGCCUCUGCUGCCAUGUCCGGACGGGCACCAUUAUUUUGGGCAUUUGGUACAUGCUCAUCAACGCGGUCGUGCUACUCAUCCUGUUGUCGGCCCUCAAUGACCCCGUGCAAUACCGCUACCACCUCACCAGCUCCGAGCUGGGCACCGACGUCGAUGUCAUGGACGACGCCAAUAUCUGCAUAGCAACAGCAAUUUCCCUCCUCAUGAUUCUUAUAUGUGGCAUGGCAACAUAUGGCGCUUACAAGCAACACGCCGCAUGGAUCAUUCCGUUCUUCUGCUACCAAAUCUUCGACUUUGCCCUUAACACCCUAGUGGCUAUCAGCGUGGUGGUGUACCCCAACACGGUGCAGGACUACCUCCAGCAGCUGCCAGGGACCUUCCCUUACAAAGAGGACAUCAUGUCCACCAAUAAUAUGUGCCUCGUCUUUGCAGUCCUCCUCUUCAUUGGCGGCAUACUCUCCUUUAAGGCCUACCUGAUCGGUUGCGUGUGGAACUGCUACAGAUACGUAAGCGGCCGAGGCACCACCGAAGUCCUCGUCUACGUCACCACCAACGACACCACGGUCCUUCUCCCACCGUACGAGGAAGUUGUUGCCAUCCCUCCUAAGGAGCCCCCUCCCCAGUACGUGGAGGCUUGA